GGGCAUGGGAGAGGAGUGCCUCGAGGGGCAGGGCCUGGGCUGGGGCCAUGUGCUGUUGGAAGCAGCAUGUGCCACCUCCUUCCGUGCUCCGUGGGGCCAGGGGAAGGUGGCCCUUCCUGUCACCCAUGGGAACUCUGCAGACCUGCUCCCCUGGGAAAGAGCUUGUGUUAGGCUGCCACUCGAUCCCUGCCUGCUUCUGCGAUGCCCAGGGAAUGGUCGAAGUGAAACCCAAUAGCCCGAGCAGCGGUCCUGUGCCCUACAUGGCCAUGCUGCCCAGGGAGGUGGCCCCUCCUUGGAUCCAUGGCCCAGGCGGCCUCCUGGAGUCUGGGAAGCACUUCCCCCAAUGCAGGCCAGACCCCGAAGUCCAGCCCACAGCCUGAGGCGGUGCACAGGACGGCGGUGGCACGGGGAGGUGAGCAUCAGGCCCGCUGAGCCUCCGCAGAACAGCCAGCCAUGCCCGGCAUCGUGGUGUUCCGGCGGCGCUGGUCUGUGGGCAGCGAUGACCUCGUCCUGCCAGCCAUCUUCCUCUUCCUCCUGCACACCACCUGGUUUGUGAUCCUGUCUGUGGUGCUCUUCGGUCUGGUCUACAACCCACACGAGGCCUGCUCCCUGAACCUGGUGGACCACGGCCGCGGCUACCUGGGCAUCCUGCUGAGCUGCAUGAUCGCCGAGAUGGCCAUCAUCUGGCUGAGCAUGCGCGGGGGCAUCCUCUACACGGAGCCCCGCGAAUCCAUGCAGUACGUGCUCUACGUGCGCCUGGCCAUCCUGGUGAUUGAGUUCAUCUACGCCAUCGUGGGCAUCGUCUGGCUCACCCAGUACUACACCUCUUGCGACGACCUCACUGCCAAGAACGUCACCCUCGGGAUGGUCGUCUGCAACUGGGUGGUCAUCCUCAGCGUCUGCAUCACUGUCCUUUGCGUCUUCGACCCCACGGGCCGCACCUUCGUCAAGCUGAGAGCCACCAAGAGGAGGCAGCGCAACUUGCGGACCUACAAUCUGCGGCACCGCUUAGAGGAGGGUCAGGCCACCAGCUGGUCACGCCGGCUCAAAGUGUUCCUCUGCUGCACUCGGACGAAGGACUCCCAGUCAGAUGCCUACUCGGAAAUCGCCUACCUCUUUGCCGAGUUUUUCCGAGACCUCGACAUUGUGCCAUCCGACAUCAUUGCCGGCCUGGUGUUGCUCCGGCAGCGGCAGCGGGCGAAGCGCAACGCCGUGCUGGAUGAGGCCAACAAUGACAUCUUGGCCUUCCUGUCUGGAAUGCCAGUGACCAGAAACACCAAGUACCUCGACCUCAAGAACUCGCAAGAGAUGCUCCGCUAUAAAGAGGUGUGCUACUACAUGCUUUUUGCCCUGGCUGCCUACGGGUGGCCCAUGUACCUGAUGCGGAAGCCCGCCUGCGGCCUUUGCCAGCUAGCGCGGUCCUGCUCGUGUUGCCUGUGCCCUGCGCGGCCCCGGUUUGCCCCCGGAGUGACCAUUGAGGAGGACAACUGCUGUGGCUGCAACGCCAUCGCCAUCCGGCGCCACUUCCUGGACGAGAACAUGACCGCGGUGGACAUCGUCUACACCUCCUGCCAUGAUGCGGUCUACGAAACCCCUUUCUAUGUGGCAGUGGACCAUGACAAGAAGAAGGUGGUGAUCAGCAUCCGGGGAACUCUGUCCCCCAAGGACGCCCUGACAGACCUGACUGGUGACGCCGAGCGUCUCCCCGUGGAGGGACACCACGGCACCUGGCUGGGACACAAGGGGAUGGUCCUGUCGGCUGAGUACAUCAAGAAGAAGCUGGAGCAGGAGAUGGUUCUGUCCCAGGCCUUCGGGCGAGACCUGGGCCGUGGAACCAAACACUACGGCCUGAUUGUGGUGGGCCACUCCCUGGGGGCAGGCACCGCUGCCAUCCUCUCCUUUCUCCUGCGCCCCCAGUACCCGACCCUCAAGUGCUUCGCCUACUCCCCACCAGGGGGCCUGCUGAGUGAGGAUGCCAUGGAAUACUCCAAGGAAUUUGUGACCGCCGUGGUUCUGGGCAAAGACCUCGUCCCCAGGAUCGGCCUCUCCCAGCUGGAAGGCUUCCGCAGACAGCUCCUGGAUGUCCUGCAGCGGAGCACCAAGCCCAAAUGGCGAAUCAUCGUGGGGGCCACCAAAUGCAUCCCCAAGUCGGAGCUGCCCGAGGAGGUGGAGGUGACCACCUUGGCGAGCACGCGGCUCUGGACGCACCCCAGCGACCUGACCAUCGCCCUGUCGGCCAGCACGCCGCUCUACCCGCCCGGCCGCAUCAUCCACGUGGUGCACAACCACCCCGCGGAGCAGUGCUGCUGCUGUGAGCAGGAGGAGCCCACCUACUUUGCCAUCUGGGGCGACAACAAGGCCUUCAACGAGGUGAUCAUCUCGCCGGCCAUGCUGCACGAGCACCUCCCCUACGUGGUCAUGGAGGGGCUCAACAAGGUGCUGGAGAACUACAACAAGGGGAAGACGGCCCUGCUCUCUGCUGCCAAGGUCAUGGUGAGCCCCACCGAGGUGGACCUGACGCCCGAGCUCAUCUUCCAGCAGCAGCCGCUGCCCACGGGGCCCCCCGUGCCUGCUGGCCUCGCCGUGGAGCUGCCCACCGCCGCAGACCACCGAAACAGCAGCGUCAGGAGCAAGUCCCAGUCUGAGAUGAGCCUGGAGGGCUUCUCGGAGGGGCGGCUGCUGUCCCCAGUGGCCUCGGCAGCCCGCCAGGACCCCGUGGAGCUGCUGCUGCUGUCCACCCAGGAGCGGCUGGCGGCGGAGCUGCAGGCCCGGCGGGCGCCGCUGGCCACCAUGGAGAGCCUCUCGGACACCGAGUCGCUGUACAGCUUUGACUCGCGCCGCUCCUCCGGCUUCCGGAGCAUCCGGGGCUCGCCCAGCCUGCACGCCGUGCUGGAGCGCGACGAGGGCCACCUCUUCUACAUCGACCCCGCCAUCCCCGAGGAGAACCCCUCCCUGAGCUCGCGUACUGAGCUGCUGGCGGCCGACAGCCUGUCCAAGCACUCGCAGGACACCCAGCCCCUGGAGGCGGCCCCGGGCAGCGGGGGUGCCACCCCCGAGCGGCCCCCCAGCGCUGCCGCCAAUGAGGAGGAGGAAGAGGCGGGUGGGGGGGCGGCCCCCCGCGGAGAACUGGCGCUGCACAACGGGCGCCUGGGGGACUCGCCCAGCCCGCAGGUGCUGGAGUUCGCCGAGUUCAUCGACAGCCUCUUCAACCUGGACAGCAAGAGCAGCUCCUUCCAGGAUCUCUACUGCAUGGUGGUGCCCGAGAGCCCCACCAGCGACUAUGCCGAGGGCCCCAAGUCCCCCAGCCAACAGGAGAUCCUGCUCCGCGCCCAGUUCGAGCCCAACCUGGUGCCCAAGCCCCCGAGGCUCUUUGCCGGCUCAGCCGACCCCUCCUCGGGCAUUUCCCUCUCGCCCUCCUUCCCGCUCAGCUCCUCGGGCGAGCUCAUGGACCUGACGCCCACGGGCCUCAGCAGCCAGGAGUGCCUGGCCGUGGACAAGAUCCGGACUUCUACCCCCACCGGCCGGGGGGCCAGCCCCGCCAAGCAGGAUGACAUGAUCAUCUCGGCUCGCUAGCACCCCAGGAGCAGCUGUCGCCUGAGGCCCGGGGCAGAGCAGGUAGCCCCUCGGGCUCCUGGUGGCUGCCCCCAGGGCCGGGCAGCUUUGAGGAGAGGCCCCCAGGGGCCAGUUUAGCCUCAUGCAUGGGGCUGCUGCUGAGCUGGGGGUCCGCAUCCCUACCUCAGCUCAGGACCCCCAAAGCCAAGGCGGCUGGGAUCUGGGCCCUCCAGAUAGGGGAGGGGUGUGGAGCAGGGAGGAGCCUGGGGUGGCCUGCCAGGUGGGCAGGG